GUAUCCAGUGUGUUCUCUCGCUCUGCUGCGUCUGGACUGCGACUUCAACAAAGCAAUAGUAGCAGACAGCCAAUGGUUGCAGUCUACACCACACACGUUUCCUUUGUCUGUCGAUGUAUCAUGACGACCGCUUCGAGCAUGGGUGGAUUAGAUGGUAGCUCUUUGUUCGCACACCAGCACUGUGAUAUAAUACGAUGAAUUCUUCAAGCGCAGUAUUACCUCCAAGCGAGCAUUCCCCCCAAACGUAGCAGUCAACUUGCAACACCUAGUCGAGGGACCCGGAAUCAAUCGCUACAACCAGAACAUGUUCACUUACGUCUUACUCGGCCUUGGCCUCACCGCAGUGGUCAACGCCAUGCCAGCCGCGACAACCCCAGCAACCGUGGCAACCGUCUACACCACCACCUCAGUCUCCUACUCCACCUCCACCCUCCCAAACUCCGACUGCGGCCCCUUCACCACCGUCCCAUCCAACUACGCUUCGUGCUCCCCAGGCUGCCGACCCAUCCAAAUCCCUGGUCUCUUAGCCCCACCUAACUCCAAUUCGCCAUACAAGUGCUCCGACCCGCCGCAGUUGAUUACCACUGCGAGUACGGAUGUGGGGACGGUGACUUGCACGGCUGGCUCGACGGUUACGACGAUGACGCCGCUCUGGGGGAGUAAGUGGCAGAAGUGUACGGUGGCGAGUACGAGUACCUCGAGCUAGUAUCGUGGUACCGGUGCUUCUGAGACAGAGAUGAGUGCUACGACUUUCACGGGUGGCUUCUACUUUCUCAUCCAUUGCUUCUACCUCUUCAUCCGUAAUUUCGACAUCUUGCUAUUGGCUUCGAAUCAUAUGGUACCUGAGAUCUUGCCGAUUGCCUCGUCCUUUACUGGUUAUUUCCGACGAUAUGAACGAAUAUGUGCUCUCUUCUUACCACUUCCCAAUAUCGCUCGACUACUUGAUACCGUGUUCUAGUCACGAAGUCACGCAGC